GCUUAAUGAAGAGGGGCUCACGUGGAAGCCAGAUUUGGAGCCAGGGGCCGUUUGGUUUGCGAAAGAAACGGAUUUAGACCAAGCCCAUGAUACCAUCUCUUUCGUCGAUGAUCUCACUGUGCUCUGUGCCAUCGACCAGGCGGCUGACACACGAGCUGCGCUCGUGAAGGCCACCGAACACUUGGCAGAAGUGACGUUCAACAGCGGAUUGCGGCUCAACCUGAGCAAGACCGCGGCACUUAUCAUUCCAGUGGGACCAGGCACCAAAAAAGCUCAGCAGGAGUUUGGGGGACCCCAGGGCCGAGAAGUGUACAUACCUUCCCUCGGUGCUUCUGUUCAAGUGAAGCGAACUGUCAAGGCCCUGGGUGCCAUGGUAAACGAUCGUCUCGGCAUGUCGGAUGAGAUAGCCUACAGGACAGCCUCGGUUGCCAGUGAGGUACUUACCAGGCUGCUGCGUCAGGCACCGCCAGCACUCAGAGUUGCCAUUGAGUUUCUCUUUCAAGAAAACAGCGGCUGGCUGGUGCAAGUGGCAGACGAUCUCCGAUGGAUGACUCCGCUUUGCCUCAAAGGGGAGCUGCGGCACCAGGCGUCCUUACUGUGCUGGCUCACGGAGGCCAGGACGGAGCCGCGCACUUUCCUUCGACGAGUGGCCAAGGCGGCCGCCAGAGCGCAGCACAACUUUGAAGAAGAUUUUCGAGCGACUCAGCUUGACAGGCACAUCCAGCUCAUCCAGAAUGAACGGCCCACUGCCAAUGAAGUGCCAGAGAGCAGUGUCGCCAUGUUUGUGUGUUACGAAUGUGGUUUCGCCACGGAGCAGAUCAG